AGUUAUGUCACGACUCACGAAUGACUGUGAAUAUUGGAUCGAUCUAGGAUUACAUAACUAACAGGCAUAUCUUCAUAUCUCUAUCUAGUUAUAUACAUACUACUAGUAACUAGUAGUAGGUACCUACUAUGUACAUAUCAGCUCCGAAUCUCGCAGCUUAUCACUGUACCCUCAUCAUUCCAACAUUAACGGCCUUUUUUUUUUCUUAGUCUAGUGACUCAAAAUAGUGGUGGUUCUUUUUCUUUUCUUUUUCCUUUUUUCUUCUAAUUACCAAUUGAACCCCGCCAGACUCUUGUCGGGUUUUGAACAUUGCCAACCUCUGAUCAGAGAACUUUCAAAGUUCUCGCCCAUGAUCAGAAAUCAUGGCGUCUCGCACAUUUGUCCAGGCCAAUUGCCUUAGGGCUAUCGCCGCCGGCAUACAAAUUGCUCCCAGGACAACAGCUAGAUGGAGCUCUGGUACCAGUUCUACUUCAGCCAUUGCCUACAAAGCUCUUCGCCGCCGUCAUGCGCCCCUCCCUACCGACACUCCAUCAUCAUGGUCCGCCCAAGCGGCCGUUUCUAACAUCUUAUACGAAACCCCGACGCCUUCCAUGUCGCCUCCGAAACGUCACAUCCUCAACUGCCUGGUCCAAAAUGAGCCUGGUGUCUUGUCUAGAGUGUCCGGUAUUCUGGCAGCGCGGGGCUUCAACAUUGAUUCUCUAGUUGUAUGCAGUACAGAGGUAGAAGACUUGUCUCGCAUGACAAUUGUUCUGACUGGCCAAGAUGGUGUGGUCGAGCAAGCGCGCCGGCAAUUGGAAGAUCUGGUCCCCGUUUGGGCUGUUUUGGACUACACCAAUGCUGCCUUAGUCCAAAGAGAACUGCUACUUGCCAAGAUCAAUAUCCUGGGACCGGAAUACUUCGAGGAGCUGUUGGCGCACCACCGCGAGAUGACAGCCGAGCCUGAUGUGACGGGAGUUGGUGACAAGUCGUUGGAGGAUGUGUCUUUAGAUUUCCAUCCCAGCAAAAUGAUAGCCAGCCAGGCCCUGCGACUCAAGCAUGAACAUCUAAGAUCCAUCACGUACUUUGCACACCAGUUCGGUGGCAAAGUCUUGGACAUCAGCACAAGUAGCUGCAUUGUCGAGGUAUCUGCCAAGCCAGUAAGAAUCGAUUCGUUCCUAAAGUUAAUAGCACCAUUUGGGAUUCUAGAGUCAUCGCGGACUGGUCUUAUGGCUUUGCCCCGAUCACCUCUCUACGGCCCUGACGAGGAAACCAUUGUGAAGGAGGCAGAUGAGAUCGUGGAUGCUAGCCAGCUACCCCCCGGUUAAAUAAAAAAAAUUAUUGGGCUGGAAAAUUGGCGUUGAUGGUGAUUAGAAAAAACAUGGCUCAAGUUAGGCAUUGUUUCUCUAUACACGAGAAUUGCAUAGUGUGAAUUACUUAAUGCAAAUAUGAGAGUGAAU